AUGGGUAUGGGCGUUGGGAUAUCGCAGAUGGAGAACCAUGGAGCUCAAGAGAUGGGGGUCAGAAAGGAUGAUAGACAUGGGGAAUGCGCUGAGGAUGAUAUUGCGAAGCUGGAUGCAGCGCGGAGGGAUGACAUCGCAGAGACUAAAGUACUAGUAUUUGCUAAGGAACUCCGGGAAAUCAUGAAGGACGAAGAGGAAUCGGAGGGAGCCGCGAUACAGAUCACGAGAUGCGAGUUGGAGAUCAGCUUCUUUCAAGAAUGGAGCCAGAAACUUAAAGAGGGAGAGAAGGAGCUUGUGGGGCGCGAACCAGCCCCGACAGAAUUACAGCAGUUUCGGCAUGACUCGGAAGAGUCGUACCGCUAUAAACAUAUUUCGCAAUCUGCAUCGUACCGUCUUUUACCAUGCAUACCGCAUCUGCGUCCAUCGGUGUUGGAUGGCGUCCGUGCCGGGCUCCUGAGGUCAUCGCAGUGCGCCCGACUCGGAUGCUCGAAAUGGGUCUGGAGUUUGAGGCGGAGUACUAGUGGUCUGGAUCCGUUCCAAGCCGAGAAUACUCAGAGCCACGCUGAGCCGAGAUUGCAGAGCCAUACCAAGGAGAUAAUGCACAGAGCCACAAUUGACGAUUACGCCCAAAUGACCGCGAUGGGCGAUGUGCCUAUCGAUAGUGCGGAUCGAACAGAAAUACUUCCGAAGACUGAUGGAAGGGAUGCGAUGAUGUGA